AUGUAGAUUUUGUAGAAAGAUUGGUAGACUAAAAACAAUAGAAUUGCAGGAGAAAUGUAAUAAAUGCUGAGUCGAAUUGAUUUGUUGUAAGAAUAAAUGGUCCAAGAAGCAAAUGCAAACAAACGAGAGAUAUAAUUGAAAGAAAUGGAUGAAAUAACUGAGCAAUUAGUUGAAUAUAUUCAAAAUAUUAGCGAAAUGGGAUAAUAGCUUAAAUUGAUUACAGAUUUCGUUAAUCAUAUCAGAAAAGGUUUGACAAGAGUCGAGGGAAAAAUUAAUGAGAUGAAGAAAUAAGUAAACAGAUUGAGUAAUGAUAUUAAAUUUCUAAGAGGAAAAUAUGUUGAAGAACUUUUUAUUAUUAGAAAAUCGAAAGUAUUGAAAGAAGCAGCAAAUAACAAUGUUGGGUCUAUAUAUGUGCUAUUAUAAACUUUUGAGAUGUUAGAAAAGAAAGAUUUCAGAUUACUAUUGAUAAUGGACAGUUAUGAUGAGAUGAAGUUAGAAAAUAUUUAGAAAAACUUGUAUAUUAAUAAUAAACUGAAAUAGAAUUGGUUAAACCCACUUGUUAUUUUUACUACAAGAAGUGAAAUUUUUACAAGCAGUAAUUAUUCUCUAUGGUUUGAACCUGAAGAGAAGGAAAAGUUAAAAGAAAUCAAACUUCUAAAAUUUGAUUCUAAAUAAAUGCAAUAAUAUCUAGAAAAAUUUACAAUAUAAAGGGUUAAAAUGUUGAUUUUUGAAAUUUAUGAAUGGUAAACACAAAUUUCAAAAAGAGAAGUGAUUGAAAUCAAAAAGUUUGAAAUUUUUUGGGAAAAAUUGUAAUAAUAUCUAAAAAAAGAAAUAUCAGGAAUGAAAGGGGAGAAUCUAUAGAAUUAAAAAUGA